UAUUAUAUGACAUAUUCAGUGCGCCAGCACAUUGUCGUUUUGUGGCAAAAAAUACUGAGGAGAUCCCUUAAUAAUCUUCCUCUUUGCAUUGCAAAUAGUCGACAUUUUCAGCAUUGAAGGCCUUAUCGUAAAUAAUUAGUGAUAAGAAGUUUUGAAUCAGUUUUGAGUCAUAAUGGCGACAGGGAAGACGUCUACGAAGUCCCCUCAGCCCCCCAAACCGGUCAGAAGGCCAGGAAAAGUCAAAGUUGUGAGAGCACUGUACAAUUACACAGCUCAACAUGCGGAUGAGUUAUCGUUUGAGGAAGGUCAGUUGCUGUAUGUUCAUGAUCUUGACACCGAUCCAAACUGGUGGAAAGCCAAAUGUGGGGAAAAGGAGGGGCUGAUACCCUCUAACUAUGUUGAGGAACAAAUGGAGCAAGUGGAGUUGCCCCUUCACGAGGCAGCCAGGCGAGGCAACAUCUCAUUUCUCCUCGAGUGUCUGAGGCAAGGGGUGUCCCCAACAGGCCUGGACUCUGCUGGCAACACUCCUCUGUACUGGGCAGCACGUGCAGGCCAUGUAGACUGUGUCAGACACCUUCUAAGUCUCCAAAACACUGGAAUCAAUGCUCAAAACAAAAUGGGAGAUUCUCCACUGCACGUGGCGUCAGUCCACAAUCACCUAGAAGUAGUAAACCUCCUCCUGGACUCAGGAGCCAGCCCAGCCCUGAGAAAUAACGAUAAUCUACUAGCCGAGGAGUUGACAACAGACCCUGCAAUAAUCAACUCCAUUCAAAUGAGCCAGCGAAACUGCGACAGGGAUUACGGAUACAGUGCUGAGGACUACAACGACGACAGUGAUUGAUCAAUUGAAAGAAUCCUCCUCCUAUUUAUUAACCAACGAAACUAAUUACAUUCAAUCCAUUGAGUAUUGAGUGCUUUCUGAUCGUCAAUGGAGUAUUUAAUACGUUUUAUAGCACUUGUUAAACAAUUUCCACAGUAAAUACUGUAUUUUAAGGUUUUCAUGAUUGAAUUAUUGGAUUUGUUGGCUGAACCAGCGAUUGAAGUCCAGGCGAAGGAGUAGUUGAGCGAGAUGCUUUCCACUUGGCUGGGCUCGAACUUUGUUCAGGGUCUGAAUGAGAACGUUCAUGAGGCUUGAUAAUGUGUCUGUCAGCAUUUUAAGCUCCUCUUUUUCCGUACUGAGGAGGUUUGUCACCUCCCACAUCGAGGCCUGGAGAAUGAAGUCGUCGCAGAGACGAAGGAGAAGACGAAGAAGACCAUUUACCUGGGGGAUUAAGUGAUUUUAUGAGUUUGUGGGGGGAUAACGUUUGAGGAAUGGACUUUAGGGAGAAAUGUGACAAGCGGUUUUUUAUGUAGAAUCUCAUCAUCUUCAAAAAAGCUAUUAUAAUUUUUUCUGAUAAAUUUAGUGGUUUUCGAGAUAUCGACGAAAUUGCAAAAUAACUUGAAAGAUUCGAUUUUUUAGUUUUUUACGCAGUUGUGGAUAAUUCUGCAAUUAUCUCUGUAAUGAGUGAUUCCAGGGUAAAAUGACACAUAAUAUUUUUUAUAGACGAUUUCGAGAUCUACAAUAAAGUUCGUAUGAAGUUUUUUGAUAAA